AUGCGCGCGCAAAACCUGGAGUGUAACGACGCAGAGGAGCGCGGGAGAGAUAGAGACUGCUGCGAGCUAGAGAGGCUGAAGGAGGAGGAGGAGGAGGAGGAGGAGGCGGCACAUCUCUCGCAGGCACCCAGCAUAGGCAUCUUUUCUCCACGCGAAGCUGCUUUUCGGCGCACAGACACUGGACGAUCUGCAAACGACAACACACCGAGCGAAGACGGGAUACAGGACCGAUCCGAGGAGCUUGUUCAGUUGGGCAGGCUGACGGACCAGAGGCUACGGGGAAGAAAUGGCAAAGUUUCCAACUUGGUAGACAGACAGUCCAUUCUACAGCGGCUGGAGCGGCUGGAGGAUGUUGUCUACAAUCAACUCAAUGGUCUGGCCAAGCCCAUGGGGUUAGUGGAGGGCCCCGGAGGCUUGGGGCAGGGGGGAGCUGCUGCCACUCUGGGGGAAGACAGCCACGACACCGAGGGCAAGUACGAAGAGUAUGGGUACAACGCCCAGCUCAGCGAUCGCAUCUCUUUGGACAGGAGCAUCCCCGACUACAGACCUAAGAAGUGUAAGCUGCUGACGUACCCGGAGGACCUGCCUCAGAUCUCUGUGGUCUUCAUCUUUGUGAAUGAGGCUCUGUCUGUGAUCCUGCGUUCGGUCCACAGCGUGGUCAACCACACACCAGCACAUCUGCUCAAAGAGAUCAUCCUGGUCGACGACAACAGUGACAGCGUGGAGCUAAAGUUCAACCUGGACCAGUAUGUGAACAAGCGGUACCCAGGUUUGGUGAAGAUCGUGAGGAACAGCAAACGCGAGGGUCUGAUCCGAGCCAGGAUCCACGGCUGGAACGCGGCCACAGCUCCUGUCGUCGGCUUCUUCGAUGCCCACGUGGAGUUCAACAGCGGCUGGUCUGAACCCAUCCUGACCCGGAUGAAGGAGGACCACACCCGCAUCAUCCUGCCCGCCAUUGACAACAUCAAGUACAACACGUUCGAGGUGCAGCAGUACGCCAACGCGGCCCACGGCUACAACUGGGGGCUGUGGUGCAUGUACAUCAUCCCGCCCCAGGAGUGGCUGGACAAGGGCGACGAGACGGCCCCCAUCAGGACUCCAGCGAUGAUCGGCUGCUCCUUCGUAGUAGACCGAGAAUACUUUGGGCAGAUCGGACUGUUGGACCCUGGCAUGGAGGUCUACGGCGGGGAGAACAUCGAGCUGGGGAUGAGGGUGUGGCAGUGUGGAGGCAGUAUGGAAGUGCUGCCCUGUGCGCGAGUGGCUCACAUUGAGCGCACUAAGAAGCCCUACAAUAAUGACAUUGAUUACUACGCUAAGCGCAACGCCUUGAGAGCCGCUGAGGUGUGGAUGGAUGAAUACAAAUCUCACGUCUACAUGGCCUGGAACAUUCCCAUGAACAACCCGGGUGUUGACUUUGGUGACGUCUCGGAGCGUCUGGCCCUGAGGAAGAAGCUGCAGUGCCGGAGUUUCCGCUGGUACCUUGAACACGUCUACCCUGAGAUGAGGAUCUACAACAACACCAUCACAUACGGAGAGGUGCGGAACAGCAAAGCCAGUGGCUACUGUCUGGACCAGGGCUCAGAGGACGACGACAAGGCGAUACUCUACCCCUGCCAUGGCAUGUCAUCGCAGUUGGCGCGUUACUCCACUGAGGGCCUCCUCCAGCUGGGGCCCCUGGGAUCCACCACCUUCCUUCCGGACACCAAAUGCCUUGUGGACGACGGCCGAGGACGCACCCCCAGUCUCAAGAAAUGCGAGUCUGUGACCAGGACAUCGCAGCGGCUGUGGGACUUCACACAGAACGGGCCCAUCAUCAGCCGGGACACAGGCCGCUGCUUGGAGGUAGAAAUGUCCAAAGACGCCAACUUCGGCCUCCGCCUCGUGGUCCAGCGCUGCUCAGGCCAGAAGUGGAUGAUUCGAAACUGGAUUAAACAUUCACGGCACUGA